CUUCCUAGUUGCUGACUUUAAACCGGAGGAUUUCUGCCAGUACUCGCGGUAGCACAUCCAAUUUACAUCUGGGCGGCGGGUGAAGCGGACAAGGUGUUUGAAGACAGCGACCAAAUAUUCGAUAGCCAUGGUGACCCUUCUGUGUUGCGGCCCGAAAAUGGCGGCUUGCGGGAUCGUCUUGAGCAUUUGGGGCGUCAUUAUGCUGGUAUUGCUGGGAAUAUUCUUUAAUGUGCACUCAGCUGUGCUGUUAGAAGAUGUGCCCUUCACAGAAAACGAUUUCCAAGACAAGAAUCCCCCACAAGAGAUUUACAAGCUGUAUGAAAAAGUGAGUUAUAACUGCUUCAUUGCAGCAGCCAUCUAUGCAUUGUUGGGAGGCUUUUCCUUCUGUCAAGUGAGGCUGAACAAGCGGAAAGAAUACAUGGUGCGCUAGACUGCCCUUGAUCUCGCAGAACCUGCAGGCCCUCUGGAUUGUACACCAUCACUUCUUCUUAAAUGAUUUUUUUUUUUUUUUAAUCUUAGGAAAAUUGUUUAUUGUGUUCUUUGUUAAGACACCUUCCCUUUGUGGCUGUUGGUGCUGAUAUUUUCUGGGAGAUGCCACUCAUCUUUUAUAAUAUUGGCUUUUCCUUUUAAUGUAACAGUGUACUAAUUGUAGCACAGACAGUGGGGAUGUAACAUGAACUUUGGUCAGGUGGGGAGUUGCUGCCAUGAGUUACGCCACACUUAUUUUAUCUCCCCAUCUAACUGCUAACUGAUGUAGUUUUCAAGAUGCAUUGCUAUGUCUAUUACACAUACAAAAGAAUACACACAUCCAUGGAUUCUACAUUAGACCCAAUUAUUACCUCUGACCCUGUCUCCUCUUUGGCAUUCUUACACUCUGUUAUGAAUAUUCACAUUGACUGUUUCAGACUUCAUUUUUAUUUGGCCUUUUUUUUCUAUCAUUCCAUUUCCAUUUACUAGGCAUUCAGGGUCCUCAUGGCUUAAAUAUGAUGCAUGGUGGACUGGUGGAAGUACAGACAGUAUGAGGGCCCCUGUUUUUGAUGUGGUAAAUGUGUUGUCCCCUUUUUGGGACCUUUUGUUGCAGUUGGAGAAGAUCUCCUAAAGGAUAGUGGACAUGUUGGCAAAUUAAGAUUUUUAUAAACAAAUAUCAACAGCUCUAGUAAUUUCUUGUAUACACCCAUCCCUGCAAUCUGCACAUACAACAAUGGUGGAAUUUGAAACCUUGUUAUUAAUAUUUUUUUGUUUUGGUAAUUUAUAUAAAAAGAAUGAAAAUUAUGAUGUAUGUGAGGCUUGUGUAUUUAAGAAAUGUUGGUGGCUUUUAAAUGUUUUGAUGUACAUUUUUUCUGUGUAAAUUAUUAAGAGACCGAGUCUGCAAUAAACAAAGGUGAGGUGAAGUUAAA